AAAGGAGGAGAAGGAGGAGAAGGGGGAGAAGGGGGAGGGGGCCGAGGAUCCUUCCCCUCCGUCCCGGAGCCAGGAAGAGGGGGCGGACCUCCUCCCUGUCCUCCUCUCCAGCUGACUUAGAACAAAACACACUUCACCCGGAGCCGGAGCCUUCUGCCAGGACGGAGAGGAGGAGGAGGAGAAAAAAGAAGAAGAGGAGUCCAGCCCCCCCCCCCUGUCCAUCUCCAUGGGUUGCGUCCUGAGCACCCAGUGGUCUGGGGAGGACGAGGCGGCGCGCCCGGUGCCGGUGGUCCGGAGCUCGUCCCUGAAGAGAAGGAGUCUGGAGAGGAGCGAGAGCGGCAGGAUGAGGACCACGAAGGGGGGAAAGGGAGAGCCCCACGUCUUCAAGGAAAAGACCUUCAAGAAGAGGCGGCAGUGCAGCGUGUGCCGCCAGAACGUGGACAACGUCGGCUCCUUCUGCAGAGUUUGCAAGACCGCCACCCACAGGAAGUGUGAGGCCAAGGUGACCUCGGCCUGCAUCCCGGCCCCCACCAAUGAUCUGCAGCGUAGAGGGACCGCUCCGUCCCGACACAUCCAGCACCUGGGGUCCACCAAGUCGCUGACCUAUACCAAGCAGAGGAACACCCUGCCGAGGAGCUUCAGCGUGGACCGCGUGAUGGAGCGAGUGAUGGAGCGCCACUACGACUUCGACCUGACCUACAUCACCGAGAAGAUCAUCUCUGUGUUCUUCCCCCCGAAGCUGGAGGAGCAGCGGUACCGCCUCAACCUGAAGGAGGUGGCGGCCAUGCUCAAGUCCAAACACCAGGACAAGUUUCUGCUCCUGAACCUCUCCGAGAGGCGCCACGACAUCAACCGGCUGAACACCAAGGUCCACGACUUCGGCUGGCCCGACCUCCACGCCCCACCGCUGGAUAAGAUCUGUGCCAUAUGCAAAGCCAUGGAGACGUGGCUGACCUCCGACCCCCAGCACGUGGUGGUCCUGCACUGCAAGGGCCACAAAGGUAAGAUGGGCGUGAUCAUUGCCGCCUACAUGCACUACAGCAAGAUCUCCGCGGGGGCGGACCAGGCUCUCAGUACUCUGGCCAUGAGGAAGUUCUGUGAGGAUAAGGUGUCCUCUUCCCUCCAGCCGUCCCAGAACAGGUACAUCUAUUACUUCGGGGGCCUCCUGUCCGGGGCCAUCAAGAUGAACAGCAGUCCUCUCUUCCUCCACCAGAUCCUCAUCCCAUCGCUCCCCAACUUCCAGGGAGAAGGAGGUUACUCCCCCUUCCUGAAGGUCUACCAGUCCAUGCAGCUGGUCUACACUUCGGGCAUAUACGACCUUCAGGGCACCGGAGGUCGCCGGCUGUGUGUCACCAUCGAACCGGCGCUGCUGCUGAAGGGCGACAUCAUGGUCAAGUGCUACCACCGGCGAGCCCAGAGCGCCGACAGAGACACGGUGUUCCGGCUGCAGUUCCACACCUGCACCGUCCACGGCUCCCAGCUGUGGUUCGGCAAAGGGGAGCUGGACGACGCCUGCACCGAUGAGCGUUUUCCAUCCGACGCCACCGUGGAGUUUGUCUUCUCUUCUGGACCCGAGAAGAUCAAAGGCCGCGAGUACCAGAAGAACGACCCGGCCGUCACGGUGGACUACAACACGGCCGACCCGGUGGUCCGCUGGGACUCCUACGAGAACUUCAACCAGCGGCACCAGGACGGCCCGGAGGUCGACAUCGCCCACACCAGGGGCCCGGUGGACGGGAGCCUCUACGCUCGGAUCAAGAAGCGCCGCGGCCCCGGCGGCUCCGGGUCGCUCGCCUCGACCGGCGGCGAGGAGGACGGGCCGGGCCGCGGUUCCGACUCCGCCCACCCGAACCAAUCGUCCGUCCACCCGGAGCGCCCGGAGGAUCCGGUCCGCCCGCUGCCGCCGACCCGGCAGGAGAGAGAGGACCUGGACCGUCUCCUCGGCGGCAUCGAGGGGAACCGGGGCGGCGAGCGAGAGACGGCCAUCUUGGACGACGGGGAGUCGUCGCCGCCGUCCGAGAGGAGCGGCGCGCCGAGGCUCGGCCGGUCCUGCUCCUGCCGGACCGGGUACCGGUCCCGGCGCUGCGCCGAGCCCGGCUGCGACCGCACCCUCCUCAUGCCCAACGGCUACUGCCUGGACCGGGCGCCCGGCACCAACGGGCACCACGGGGCGGCGCCGGCGGCCGGCCCCGGCGCCGCCGCCCCGCCGUCGCACAUGGACCUGUGCCAGCACUACAGCCCCCACGCCCACCAGGCGCCGCCGCCGCCGGACCUGGUGUGGGACCGGCAGGGCGGCCCGCCCCACUACCUGCACCGGUCCUGCUCCGAGGCGCCCGCGUCCCGACACGUGUGCGCCUACCCGCCGCCGGACCCUCACAACCACCCGCAGCGCCACCCGCUGUCAGCGCCGGGUCGCCUCUGCUGCCGGGAGGACGACUACGGGCCGUACCACCACCCCCACCCGCACCGACCCAAACCCGCCGCCAGCCCGACCUACCACGACAUCGUGCUGCUGGACGGCCCGCCCUCCCCCGGCUGCCCCUGCAGGGACUGCGGCGCCAGGAGGGACGACUCGGGGGCGGCGGCCUAUCGCGGCCUGAGGCUGGACCAAGGCGACGUCUUCCACUGGGACCGAGAGGCGGAGCUUCAGCAGAGGGAGGCGGGGCUCAGGAGAGCCAGGGAGGCGGAGUCGCCCAGAGGUUCGGAGCCGCUCCACUGGGAGCCGAGGCGAGGCCGAGAGAUGUCCCUCCACUGGGAGGCGGAGCUUCAGUGGGAGCGCGACAGGGAGGCGGACUACUGGCGCCGGAGGGCCACCGUGGCGUCCUACGGCCCGCAGGGCCACGACCUGCCGGCCUUCACCUUCGACCCCUUGCCGUCGGGCCACCCGGCCUACCCGGAGGCGUCGCGGUCCCACGGCCACGCCCACCUGGACCUGAAGUACAGCAGCGGCAGCAGCGGGUACCAGACGCCCCGCCAGGCGUGCCCCUGCUCGCCGUACCAGCCCUCGCCGUCCGAAAGCCGCGGCUACGCCUCGGGCUACCAGUCCGAGUCCACGUCCCCGCUGCCCCCCCCCCACCCCCACAACCAUCACCACCACGCGGACGCGCAGCAGUCGUACGGCUCCGACUCGCACGCCGACGGCCACGGCGUGGCGGGCUGGAGGGACCACGUCACCCACGACUCCUUCAGGAGGGUCCACCGAGACGGGCCCCACGCCGCCUGCUCCACGCCGUCCGACAUGUCGGGCCCUUCGACCCCCGUGCACACCAGCAGCCCUCAGCGCACAGAGGGAAGCUCCAGUCCAGGAGGGAGGGAGUACGAGAUCCGGACCACGGACAUCAUCGGCAGUGACUACGAGGCCCCGGGGCCCCUGGACGGACGCCAUGGCGCUGACCUCAUCGCCCGGGAAUCCCCGGACAGCCAAAGAAGCGUCACGGAGCCGGCCCCCGCCGCGCCGCCAAAUACACCGGCGGCGGAGAAACAACCGCCUCCUUUGGAGUCCGCGGCGGCGACCUCAUCGACCCCAGGGCUCUGCCGGGCCCCCUCGGCCCCCGGCCCCCGGUCCUCAGAGGCUGCCGCUCUGCCGGCCACGCAGGCGGCGCCUCUGAUCCAAGGCGACGGCAGCGGCGGCGGCUUGCCAAGACCAGCACCGGUCCCUGGGUCUCCUCCCGCCGGGGGGCCACACCCAGAUAUCGCAAAACCCGCGUCGGCCCCCGCCUCCCCGCCGCCCCCCGGCAGCACGGAGGGCUCCCCGGUCUCCGACGCCCCGGUUCCCGGCUUCGCCACGUUGAGUCGGAGGCUGAUGCUGAGCGGGCCCGACCCGCACCACCAGAACCACCUCCAUCAGCCGCAGCACGGGCCCCCCCCGCACCACCUCCACCCCCCCGGCACGGAGCCCGCCUCGGCUCCGGACCCCACCAGGAGGCCCUGCUCCUCCGCUCACCCCCCUCAGCUCUCGCCGUCCUCUUACUCCUAUUACUCCACCGUCUCCAUCCCCCUCCCCCACCCACAGCCGCCGCUGCCAGAGAAGCGCCACUCGCCCGCCGACGGGGCGGGAAGCCCGAAGCCGGCGCCGCCCGCCCCCGCCGGCGCCGCCCAGCACCAGCUCCACGUCACGUUCUCUCCCACCGUGGGGGAAAUUGCGCCCCCCGCAGGCGAAAACGGAGCGGCGCCGUCCGCGACGGAGAGCGAGAACGCGAAUCGGGUCAGCGUGAAGUUCGUCCAGGACAGCUCGAGGUUCUGGUACAAGCCCGGUAUCUCCAGAGAGCAAGCCAUCGCCGUCCUGAAGGAGCGCGAGCCGGGCGCCUUCCUCAUCCGGGACAGCAACUCCUUCCAGGGGGCGUACGGCCUCGCCCUGAAGGUGGCCACGCCCCCUCCCAACGCCAACAACAACCACGGCGGCAAAGCGAGCGACCCUCUGGAGCAGCUGGUCCGGCACUUCCUCAUCGAGACCGGCCCGCGGGGCGUGAAGCUCAAGGGCUGCCAGAACGAGUCUUACUUCGGGAGCCUGUCGGCGUUGGUCUACCAGCACUGCAUCACGCCCAUCUCGCUGCCCUGCGCCCUGAGGCUCUCGGAGAAAGAUCUCAUCGGGGACGGGCCGGAGAGCCAAUCGGUGAACAACGUCAGCACGGCCGCUGACCUGCUGAAGCAAGGAGCAGCCUGUAACGUCCUGUACCUGAACUCGGUGGAAACGGAGUCUCUCACCGGCCCCCAGGCCAUCGCCAAGGCCACCGACUCGUCCUUGGGCCUUGACCCGCGUCCCGCCGCCACCGUGGUCCAGUUCAAGGUCACGUCUCAGGGCAUCACGCUGACGGACAGCCAGCGCCGGCUUUUCUUCCGGAGACAUUACCCAGUGGGCAGCGUGACCUUCAGCAGCAUCGACCCCAAGGACCGCAGGUGGACUAACUCAGACAACGCCGCCGUUAAGGUGUUCGGCUUCGUGGCCAAGAAGCCGGGCAGCUUGGCCGAGAACGUCUGCCACCUGUUUGCCGAGUUGGACCCCGAGCAGCCGGCCUCCGCCAUCGUCAACUUCAUCAACAAGGUCAUGUUGUCUCAGCGCCGCUAGAGGGGGACCCCCGACAGACCCCCCGACAGACCCCCGACAGACGAGGGGCCGAGUGCCGGGACGCUAACGCCACCAGUGUCGGCCAUUUUGAAGGAAAAUCUAAAUCAUAGCGGAAGUCGACGUGGAGUCAGACGCCCAGUCGGUGUUUGUUUCAUCACGUCAUAUUAACCCCCCCAAAAAACCCUCAUAUUCUAAUUUGUUUGACUGCUUUCCUGAGUAUUUAAUACCAGUCCUGAGUCCAGGCGUGCGGGUAUUGUGCGUUCCGAUAGCCGUGCUACGAAACUCAUUAGUAUGCAGGAAAGAAACAUGUUUAAUAUCCGUCCCGAUGCGUCGCAGGUCAGAAGGUGGAUAUUUGUGGUCUUUUUCUGGCCGUCCCGACCCACCAGUCCUUUAGCGGGGGGGGAGCACCGUUGAGGGCAACUGCAGCGCGGACCGACAGAACAAGGGCGCCAUCGUGGAGCUCGCAGCUCGAGAUUCCAGACACUUCAGGUCCUCCAGUCAUGUCGCCGGGUACCCAGAAUGCUUCACUUCGUGGCUCAAUACAGGUUUUAUCAUCCAGGUCCAGCAGACAAGACUUCAGCUUCAAGGACACGCACCAAGAGGACCGUCCACGACCUGGAAUCACAAUCGACAAUCGUGGGGUCCCCCCCCCCCCGAAAUCUCAUGGACACUUAAUAAUCGGAGCGAGAGACGGAGACGUGAAUGAGUUUAACAAGUGUGUGUUUGAGGGAGAUCAGGAGAUAAUGUCGGGUCAGGGAGUCGGUAACGUCCGUUCUUAAAAAGUAAAUGUAUGUGUAACGGGGGAAAGCUCGACGAGGAAACGGAGUUUCACCAUUUGAGUGAAAUGUUUGGUGUACAAAUUCAUUCUGAAACACACCCACCCACCCAGCUAACAGAGAGGGGACCGGUAAAUACACACACACCCACAAAGAGGGGACCAGUCCACAGGAGUUGAGGACCGGUAGGACACACGAGGCCUCGAUGGCCUGAAGACUGACGCACUUAACCAAAGACAAGCACUCUUGUAUUAAUAAGCUUUUUAUCCAGCUAUAUUUUUGUACUUAUUGCAUCUAUUUAGUGCAUUUGCCUUGUUUGGUAUAAAAAAAGAAAACCUAGAAAAACACUUGUUACAGCGAUAAUAUAUUGCCUGUUUUCAUGUCUGUAUUAUGUAGUAAUAUAUUUUCACAUGCAGCUAUAGGACAACGUAUGAGACAUUUAAAAAAAGGAAACAUUUGUAUGUUUGAAAAAGGACAUUAUGCCAUUUUGUAUGCAAACAUUUUUCAAUUAAACUGAAAUAAUUUGGUACCUGAA